CAGCCCCCAAGCCUGUCAUUCUGCAAAAACACAGUUUACUCAACACACCACACACACACUCGCACACACACGCGCGCACUCACACGCGCACACCGGCCCCCGCGCGCACACGCACGGAGGGCGCGAGCGAGCAGACGCGCACAACCGGCGAGCCAAGUUCCGCAGCCUGGCAUGGCUUCUGGGGACCUUUACGAGGUUGAAAGGAUCGUAGACAAGAGGAAGAACAAGAAAGGAAAAUGGGAGUAUCUCAUCCGGUGGAAAGGCUAUGGGAGCACCGAGGACACGUGGGAGCCCGAGCACCACUUGCUGCACUGUGAGGAGUUCAUCGACGAAUUCAACGGGCUGCACCUGUCCAAGGAGAAGAGGCUCAAGUCAGGGAAGCAGGCCAGCGCCUCCAAGCUCCUGCGGGACAGCCGAGGCCCAUCGGUUGAGAAACUCUCCCAUAGACCUUCCGAAUCCGGAAAGAGCAAAGGGACUUCCCACAAACGGAAGCGAAUCACCCCUUCUCUGUCCAAGCCGAAGAAAGGGUACCCAGCCAAGCCCCCUGCGGGAGGGGAUAGGGCCACCAAGACGGUAUCUUACAGGACUACCCCCAGCGGUUUGCAAAUAAUGCCCCUGAAAAAGGCUCAGAAUGGGCUGGAAAAUGGGGACACCGGUUCCGAGAAGGACGAGAGGAACUUUGGAAACGGGUCCCACCAGCCCAGCUUGGAUUUGAAUGACGUUGGAGAGCAAGACCUGGGCGAGUGCGAUGUUAGCCAUGCGGCGCUGGCAGAGAACGGGCUCGGCUCCGCGCUGACCAACGGGGCAUUAACCCUGCACAGCCCCGUGAAGAGGAAGCUGGAGGCAGAGAAGGACUACGUCUUCGACAAGAGGCUCAGGUACAGCGUCCGCCAGAAUGAGAGCAACUGCCGGUUCCGGGACAUCGUGGUGCGGAAGGAGGAGGGCUUCACGCACAUCCUGCUGUCCAGUCAGACCUCGGACAACAAUGCGCUGACCCCCGAGAUCAUGAAGGAGGUCCGGCGAGCGCUCUGCAACGCCUCCACAGACGACAGCAAACUGCUGCUCCUCAGCGCGGUGGGCAGUGUGUUCUGCAGCGGCCUGGACUAUUCCUACCUAAUCGGCCGGCUGUCCAGUGACCGGCGAAAGGAGAGCACCCGGAUUGCAGAAGCCAUCAGGGACUUCGUGAAGGCCUUUAUCCAGUUUAAGAAGCCCAUCGUGGUGGCGAUCAACGGGCCCGCCCUCGGCCUGGGCGCCUCCAUCCUGCCCCUCUGCGACAUCGUGUGGGCCAGUGAGAAGGCCUGGUUUCAGACCCCCUAUGCCACCAUCCGCCUCACUCCUGCUGGCUGCUCCUCAUACACCUUCCCCCAGAUCCUGGGUGUUGCACUGGCCAAUGAGAUGCUCUUCUGUGGGCGGAAGCUCACUGCCCAGGAGGCGUGCAGCAGAGGACUCGUGUCCCAGGUCUUCUGGCCAACCACGUUCAGCCAGGAGGUCAUGUUGCGGGUCAAGGAGAUGGCGUCCUGCAGCGCGGUGGUGCUGGAGGAGUCAAAAUGCCUCGUUCGGAGCUUCCUGAAAUCAGUGCUUGAAGACGUGAACGAGAAAGAAUGCAUCAUGCUCAAGCAGCUCUGGAGUUCCUCCAAAGGCCUGGAUUCCCUGUUCAGCUACCUGCAGGACAAAAUUUACGAAGUUUGAAGGGCCGGGCUCCCUUGCCCCACUGCCCCAGGGCAUCUGACUUCCAGCUCUGCCCCGUGUUUCAGAACUGGGACAGAGCACAGCGUAUGCCCGGCCAAGGAGUUUGUCCAGGUGUCUCUUUACACCUGGGGUUGUGUCCAUUUCCUCGUGUGUUUGGUUGCUCCUUAUUGGUUUGGUUUUGUGUGACAGAUGGGAAACGCAGCAUCCUUGGCCUCCCCGGGCCCCUCCCCCGCUGGCUAGAGAGCCGUGGAGGGCUAUCUUCCCAGGCCUCUGCCAGGUGCCGCUGUCCUGUCCCCACUUGCUGAAAUGCACCAUCCUGGUCCAGGAAGGGGAAGACCAGUUUCCCCAUCCUUCUGCCUCAGGCUGUGUCUACACAGUGCCUCUGAUUUGGAGACUUGGCUGUCAUGGCUCUCUCCGGUUAAGUGCAGAUCUGGUGACAGGAGCCAGUCAGUCUUAGGGAAUUUCCAGACCAAUGAGCAAAAGGAUUGUGUAGAGCCAGCCUCAGUCUUCUCUCUGAUGCAAAUCUGUGUGACUUUUAGGGCUUGGUCUUCAAACCCAAUCGAGUGAUUUACGAACCCAGAUAUUGUACAUUUAGGAAUGUUUUGUUAAAUAUAUAUUUUUAAAACGAUGUAAGUGGAAAUUCUGAUAAUUUAUGUGUAUUAUAUGUAAAGCUAGUUUUGCAAAAACGUGAACUACUAGGAAAAUGUUUUUUCUUUAAUCAGAGUUAUUUAAUUUAUUUAUUUUUGUUUGUAUAUUGUGAUAUCUGUCGUUCACACAGAUAUUAUUUUCAUACUGCCCUGGACCAAAUCUCGUACAAGGUUUAUGCUGUUUGGUGCAUUCUAGCAAUGAACCACGUAGAAAUAAAAUUCAGAGAGAUGAAAACAGAAGGAUUUCUGUGGAUAGAUGGAGCAGCUCUGCACCAGAUCCUCUAUGUGUAAAACAGUUCUCAGCUGUAGUAAUUGGAUACUUGUUCUUAGCAGAAAUCAUGGAAGAGUUUUCUCUUCAUCCACAUCAGGGAGCAAUAAUCAGGGAUGAAGUCUCCUGCGCCAGGGCUGCAUGGGGAUCCCAGCACCUGUGUUUAGAGCAUCAGCCCAGAGUCCCUGGGACAGCUGCAGUGAAGGGCAGGUUUUG